AUAUUACUAGUACUAUAAUAUUGGUAGAUGGACAACUCUUGUUCUAAAAACAGCACCCUCAUCUUGCUAAAAAAGAUUAUAUAUUGAGUAUGUGACCCCAAAAACUUUAUGCUUGUUUGUUUCCCUAGCUUUUCCCUCACUAUGUUCCUCAACUACUCUCAUUUAUUUCUCUUCAUUCAUUGCUUGCCACACUUAAACACCCUGUUAUAAUUUGUGUAAGAAAUUACAACGAAGAAGCCCUAGCUAGUUGUAUUGUACUACUGCUACAUGCUUAAUUUUUUCAAAUUUUUUAGAGUAAAAAUAAAAAAAAAGACAGGUGGGGUGAUUUCAACUUUAAAGUUUUUCAACAACCUUUCAGAGCAUUUAUAGUGACACAUCUUAUGAGAUUAAGAAGAGACGGUGUAAUGUGAAGAAAACCAGUCUGGCCUUAUUAACUUCUUCACCUAUAAAUCUCUUCUCCAUUACACACUCACAUUGUACACUUGGAUCUAUUUCAUCAUCAUAAUAAUAAUACACUACUCUCACUUUCUCUUCCUCCUCCUUCUUCAUUCUUCACAUUUACAACAACACUAGCUCAACCUUGAACCAUUAUUUCUUGAAAGGGUUGAGCUUUUGAUUCUUGGGUUGUGUGACAACAUUAAACUGCACAUCAAAGUUAACAAGUUUAAGACUGUUUGGUUGGUGUGUUCAAAAAAUGGAAACUUGUACGGCUCUAUUACUUUUAACGGCCAUAACAGCUUACUUGCUUUGGUUCACCUUCAUCUCACGGUCAUUGAGAGGCCCACGUGUCUGGCCACUAUUGGGCAGUCUACCGGGCCUCAUUGAGAAUUGUGAACGUAUGCAUGAUUGGAUCUGUGACAACCUACGCGCGUGUGGUGGCACGUACCAGACCUGCAUCUGUGCAAUCCCAUUUUUAGCCAAGAAGCAAGGGCUCGUGACCGUCACGUGCGACCCGAGGAAUUUGGAGCAUAUACUAAAGACUCGGUUCGACAAUUACCCGAAAGGGCCGACGUGGCAAGCGGUGUUUCAUGAUUUGUUGGGUGAUGGGAUCUUUAACUCUGAUGGUAACACGUGGGUGUUCCAGCGCAAGACAGCCGCGCUGGAAUUCACCACGCGUACUUUGCGCCAAGCCAUGGCUAGAUGGGUUAGCCGAGCCAUUAAGGAUCGACUUUGCACGAUUUUGAAGAAAGCUGAGGUGCAAGGUGAGCCGGUGGAUCUACAAGAUGUGAUGCUCCGGCUCACUUUUGACAAUAUUUGUGGCUUGGCUUUUGGAAGAGACCCGCAGACGUGUGCCACGGGUCUGCCUGAAAACGGUUUUGCAGCCGCUUUUGAUCGAGCCACUGAAGCCACGCUCCAGCGGUUUAUAUUACCUGAGGUGUUUUGGAAGGUGAAGAAAUGGCUUGGACUUGGUAUGGAAGUUGGCUUGAGCCGAAGCCUUGCUUUUGUGGACCAACAUUUGUCUAGUGUGAUUGAGAAGCGCAAGGUAGAAUUGCUGAGUCAGCAGAAAGAUGGGUCCCUUCUUCAUGAUGACUUGCUGACUAGGUUUAUGAGGAAGAAAGAAUCCUAUUCGGACAAGUUUCUUCAACACGUGGCGUUGAACUUCAUCCUAGCUGGACGUGACACGUCAUCAGUUGCGUUGAGCUGGUUCUUUUGGUUGGUUAUUCAGAAUCCAAAGGUGGAAGAGAAGAUCCUACGCGAGAUUUGCACGGUCUUGAUGGAGACACGUGGCGCUGACAUGGAAAAAUGGACAGAUGAGCCGUUGGGAUUUGAAGAAGUUGACCGUUUGGUUUAUCUUAAAGCUGCCUUGUCGGAGACACUAAGGCUGUACCCUUCGGUGCCAGAGGAUUCAAAGCAUGUGGUGAAGGACGACGUGUUGCCGGAUGGAACCUUUGUUCCGGCUGGAUCAUCGGUGACAUAUUCGAUAUAUUCAGCAGGGAGGUUGAAGUCUACAUGGGGUGAGGAUUGCAUGGAGUUCAGGCCAGAGAGGUGGUUGUCAUUGGAUGGGACAACGUUCAUCAUGCAUGACUCUUUCAAGUUUGUUGCAUUCAAUGCUGGUCCUAGAAUAUGUUUGGGGAAGGACUUGGCAUACCUUCAGAUGAAGUCUAUUGCUGCUGCUGUGCUUCUCCGUCAUCGCCUUGCGGUGGUUCCUGGCCACCGGGUGGAGCAAAAGAUGUCACUCACCUUGUUCAUGAAAAAUGGUCUCAGGGUUAAUGUUUACAAUAGGGAUUUGAAGGGUGUUUUUGCAACUAUACAAAAUGAAAAGGAGGGAGAGAUUCAGGGGAAAGUGUUGAAUGAUUUGAAAUGCAAUGGAACUUAGUGUGGUGUUUCACAAUUCAGCCAUUGGGGGCUGUAAUUUAUAGAAGAGAGAACAGGGUGGAAAAAAAAAAAAAAAAAAAAAAGAGAAAAACAAUAAAAAUAACAGGGUAUAUUUUAUUCAUGGUAUGUUAUAUAAAUUUAUUAUAAUUCAUAUGAGAAUUGUCAAUGGAUUGAUUUCUUUUAUCUUAGGGUGGAUGAAUGCUUUCUCUCUCAGCUCAUCUUGUAGAAUCCUUGCAAAUAUUCAUUUGUAAUUCUUUAUUUCUUCUUUAUUUUCAUGUUUCUAUUUUAUUUUCACUGCUUUCAAGACAUUAUUAUGUAGUCAGACCUAAACUCACAUUUAACAAUGUUGAAUGAUGAUGUUCAUAAAAGAACACACCUGACGUUUUGAUUGGAUUUGAAUGUCCUAGCUGGUUCAUGUCCUAAUGAUGAUAUGCUAACAAGUAUGUCAUAAUCACAUUCUGGUGGUAUUGUUUUUUAGAGAAAUAUUAAUUGUACAUCAUUUUUUAUGUCCAA